AUGGAACUCUCCUCCGGACUGGUUCCGGGGCUUCUGUUCCUGAUCCUGCUGUGGCUUUACAAACUAAAGAGCCGCAGGACCCCCGGCGCUCCCUCUGAUCGGAAACCUGCUGCCGCUGGACAGGAAGACUCUUUUCAAGACUUUCGUUCGGGUCAGAGCUUCUUCUGGUCGUGCGCUCUGAUCAUCCGGAACUUUCCUGCCAAGUGUCGGGACAUCAAUGUUAUUAAACCUGGAGUUAAAUCUGGAGAAGCAGGACCCCUCCUCAGAGUCUUCAAUCUGUUCCUGGCUGGAACAGAAACCACCAGCUCCACCAUCAGAUACGCCCUCAACGUCCUCAUCAAGUACCCCAAAAUACAAGGUGAGUUAGCAGAGGAGUUCGACUCGGUGGUGGGGCGACAGCGCUCUCCCUCCAUGGAGGACAGGAAGUCGCUCCCGUUCACCGACGCCGUCAUCCAUGAGAUCCAGAGGAUGAUGGACAUUGUUCCGUUUGGGCUUCCUCACUACGCCCUCAAAGACAUUUCCUUCAGAGGCUUCAACAUUCCUAAGUGCAUCUUCAUUUUUGCACUGUUGCACUCAGUGCUGAAAAGCGAAAAGAUUUGGGAGUCACCUAUGGACUUCAACCCUCAACACUUCCUGGACCACAAGGGAAACUUCAAGAAUGAUGAAGAUGAUGACGAAUGA